AUGACUGAAGAAUGUUUAAAAGAAGUUGCAACUUUUUCCAACCUCUCAGAUCCCACAAGAACGAACAGUAUCGAUACUACAGCUGAUGUUACUCUUCCCAAAAAUGAGUUAAAACAGUCAAUUAAACCGUUUCAUGUUUUCAUGAUGUCUACUGCAACAGGUAUUGGGACCGGUUUAUUAGUGGGGAACGGUAGAUCAAUUGCUAUUGCGGGGGUUGGUGGUACUUUAGUUGGUUACUUAAUUAUUGGUAUUAUGUUGACAUGUUGCAUGCAAACUGUUGGUGAGCUUGUUGUUGCUUUUCCAAGUAUGCCUGGUGGGUUUACAUCUUAUGGAAAGCGUUUCAUAGACCCGUCUGUGGGCUUUACCAUUUCUUGGUUAUUUUUUCUAAAUUGGACUGUCGUUUUGCCAUUAGAAAUAUGUGUCGCUUCUAUGACUAUCAACUUUUGGAACGAAAAUAUCAAUCCUUCUAUCGUUGUUGCAUUAUGUUAUUCCUUGGUAUGCGGGGUGAAUUUCUUUGGUGCAAGGUGUUAUGCGGACGCUGAUUGCAUUUUCAACUGUUUGAAAGUGCUUAUGAUCCUUGGGUUCAUAAUUUUAGGUAUUUUCGUUAACACUGGUGUUGUCGGCACUAGCGGAUAUUUGGGUUUCAAAUAUUUCCAUAGUCCAGGGUUCUUUAGAAACGAUGAGGGGCUUUUCAAGUCAAUUGCUGCAACGUUGAUAACUGCCUGCUUUAGUACCGGUGGUACCGAGUUUGUCGCCUUGAGUUGUGCUGAACAGAAUACAGAAGACAUGCCAAGAAGUAUUAAAAGGGCGUCAAUACAAGUUGUUGUACGAAUUGCCAUCAUUUUUUGCGUUUCUUUGAUGAUUAUUGGAUUAUUAGUGCCCUUUAAUUCCCCAUAUUUGAUGGGGUCUGGAUCAGAACUGACCCAUGCAUCUCCAUAUGUGGUCGCAUUAACAACCAAUGGUGUUAGGAUAAUACCUCAUAUUGUUAAUGCAAUUAUUCUAUUGUCUAUUAUUUCUGUCGCAAACAAUGCGAUGUAUAGUAGCUCAAGAACAUUACAUUCCUUAGCUGAACAAGGAUUUGCGAUGAAAUAUUUUUGUAAAUUGGAUGAAAGUGGUAAGCCGUUUAGAUGUCUUUGCGUUUCAGCAUUUACUGGUUUAUUUUCAUUCAUAGCCGAAUAUAAGGACCAGGAAACAGUCUUCGUUUGGUUAUUGUCAAUCAGCGGUCUUUCCACUAUCUUUACUUGGAGUAUGACCUGUGUGUCUCAUUUGAGAUUCAGAAAGGCAAUGAAAGAUCAAGAUCAAGCUUUAGACCAAUUAGGAUAUCAAUCACCAUGUGGUGUAUAUGGCAGUUACAUCUCGUUGUUUAUUUGUGCCAUUAUUUUGAUAGUACAAUUUUGGGUAUCAUUGUUUCCUUUAGAAUCCAACGGUAGGCUGAAUGUCGUCUCAUUCCUUCAAAAUUAUAUGGCUGUUCCAAUUACCAUCGUACUUUACCUUGGUCAUAAAGCUUACACAGGGAACUGGAAACCUUUUAUUAGAGCACCUGAGAUUGACAUUCAGACCGAUCGUGACAUCUACUGUGUUGAUGAGGUUACUGGAAAAAAAUCAGUUUUUGUUGAGCUUCUGGAUAGCGGAGACAUGUGCUCGAAACUAUCUGAUAACCUUGUCAAGUAG